UCGAUAAAACAGCUGACACUUUUCCAAAUUCUUUUUUACAAUUAAUUAAUUGCCCACAUCGGCAGAUUUAUUAGAAAAUAGUCAUAUUAAAAAGAUAAAAGAUGAAUGAAGCGGAUAGUUUUGCGGAAAUAUUUAGAGGCGGCUUACCCCACUGCCUUCUUAUUGUUUUUUCUAUGUUGUUAAUAUGUUCACCGGUAAUGCCCAGCGAAUUCGAGGUUAUUUCCAUGUCCAAAUACGAUCUAAAUGGGCAACAUUAUGGAAGCCGGGUAGCUGCAAUAUCCCUGGAAGCGCGAUCUUUGUAUUCUUGGAAUACGUCUAGGCACUGUGUUCUUACGCGGUUAACCGACUUGUCUCUCCAUGAUUUUGACAAGUUAAAAAAUGCUGGAGGACUUAUUCUCAUGCUUCCGUCGAAUAUCUUGGGUCUAGAUCUAGAAGCCAAAGAACUUAUAACUAUUUUGGAGCAAUCUAUGCUGACACACACAGCUGCAGUCCCCAUUUACUUUGCCCCAUAUAAUAAGGACUUGGAAAAGAUCAUCGACGACAUUACCUAUACGACUACGGAUAAUGCGGGUCAAAAUCAGACUGCACUGGGACAAUUGAUCGUAACAGUCUCGGCCAACAGAUACCAUGUGAAUGUCGGUGGCGGAAGUAUUGUGGCCAACAAAAACAGCAAGGUUCCCAUCAUUCACGGCGAGCUGAUUCCAAAUCAAUUGGCCCUAAAACCCACAGAAUCAGUUGGCGAUGGACAAAAACUUCCUGUCAUCUUGAUUACCGCGAAUCUGAAAACCUUCGGAAUAUAUAAUGACUAUCCAGUGAAUGCUGAUGCUGCCGUUUUACUGGUGCUUAUGGAACUGUUUAGCAAAUUGCACUAUACAUCCAGCAUGGCACCCAAGUACCGUCUCCGAUUUUUGCUUUCGGACGCUGGCGUCCUACUAAACUUCCAAGGCUCAAAGAAGUGGCUCGAAGUGGAUGAUAAUGCGCUGCAGAAUGUUGAGUUUGUUCUCUGUUUGGACACCAUCACCGAAAGUUUAUCUUACACCGCAGACAAUGCUUUGUAUAUGCACGUCUCUAAGCCACCCAAAGAUAAGACUUCCAUCAGUAAUUUCUUCAAACUGUUGAAGUCAUCAGCUGAAAAGUAUUCGAGUGGCUUAACGGUCGAGGGUGUGCAUAAGAAGAUCAACCUAGCUGACACCAAACUUGCCUGGGAGCAUGAGCGCUUCAGCAUAAAACGCUAUCCCUCAUUCACCCUGUCGUCCGUUAAGAGUCCAAGGAGCCCCAUUCGGACAACAAUCUUCAAAAACGAUGAGAGUCGCAUCGUGGAACACACUCUCAACACAUCUCGAAUUAUUGCGGAAGCUCUGGCCAGUUAUAUGUACAAAGUGGAUCCAAUUUCCAGCAUUUUCGAUGGGCAAUUGGCCAUUAAAGAAGAAAACAUCGUGCCAUACUUUGGAGUUAAAUCCAUACUGCAUAAUAACGACGUCAAGGAUGCUUUCGAAAAAUACCUCAACAAUGUUAAAAUCAUAUACGAUAAGCCCGACGGCAGAGAUCCAGAAUUUAUGUUCUACAAUGAGAACGAUGUGAAACUGAAUGUUUACAGAGUUAAGCCGGCGAUCUUCGAUCUCUUCUUAACUUUUGUUAUUGGCGUAUACCUUUUGGCUGUAUUCCUCGCCAUCCAAUACUUUCCCCGGUUCUACGAUGAAGUAUCGAAGUUAACCAAAGAGGAUCCCGUGGGACAACUCAACGGACACUCUUCUGAAAGACUUAAAAUGAAAUCGCAUUAAGUAACAAAUUGGUGUUGAGUAAUUUAAUAUUUGCAAGUAGGAAAAUUGAUGUCCAAAUUAUUUUUCAAAACUUUACUAAAGCUAAUUGAACACUUGUUACUUUAAAGAUAAUAAAUUCUAUAAAAAUGUAGAAA